CCAUCUUGUAGUAUCCAUACCAGUGCACAAGGAAAAGAAAAAAGACCGAGUUCUUCUAUCCAUCCAUGCAGUUUCUUUUUAGAUUGAUUUGAUAAAACAGCAUCUUUUGGAUACAGAGCAGGGAACCAUUUACUAGAAAUUGUACUUGUCACCAUGGAUGAUGACAUGGGAAUGAAGCGUCCUUUAGAUGACGAUUACGAGGAGGAUGAGGAUGAUCAUAAGCGAAGGAGGGGUGAUGGACCCAAAGUGGAGCUGAGGUUUCUGUUGGCCAGCAAGAAUGCUGGUGCUAUCAUUGGAAAAGGAGGCAGCAACAUUAAAAGACUGCGACAGGAUUACAAAGCCAGUGUAACAGUGCCCGACUCUACAAGUCCCGAACGGGUCCUGACCAUUGGGGCCAAUCUUGGUACAGCACUGGACUGUGUCCUUGACAUCAUUCCUAAGCUAGAGGAUUAUAAAAACUACAGAGACAAUGAUUUUGAUUGUGAGAUGCGACUGCUGGUACACCAAAGUCAAGCAGGAUGUAUCAUUGGCAGAGCAGGUUUCAAAAUCAAGGAACUGAGAGAGAGAACUGGAGCACAAAUCAAAGUAUAUUCCCAAUGUUGUCCCGAAUCCACAGAGAGAGUUGUGGCAAUAGGAGGAAAGCCAAAGACUGUGGUAGACUGCAUAGAGACCAUCCACGACCUCUUACAGACGGCACCACCAAAAGGCCCAAACCAGCCCUAUGACCCACUUUACUGGGAUGAAUUCAUGGUGGCAGAUUAUGGUGGUUACAGUGCAUCAGAAGGAGGCCGUGGGAAAGGUGGCCCCAGAGGAGCACCACCAGGUGGCAGAAUGGGUGGUGGACCCAUGGGCAUGAGAGGUGGAGGCAGUGGUGGCAGCAGAGGUAUGCGAGGAGGCGGUGGAGAUUUCCGUAGAGGCGGAGGUGGUGGCGGCGGUAUGAUGAGGUCUGGCGGUGGAGGUGGUGGCCGUGGCGGAGGAGGGUAUGGUGGAAACCGCGGAGGCGGUGGAGGAUUUGGAGGAGGAGGUGGAGGUGGUUUUGGAGGUGGAAACAGACAAGGAGGAAACCGUCAAGGAAGGGGCAGUGGAGGAAACUUUGGCGGUGGGCCGAUGGGCGGUGGAGCUAUGGGAGGAUAUGGAGGGGGCGGUUUUGGCGGUGGCAGUGGAGGAGGAGGAAGUGGUAAUUUUGGAGGCAGUGGCAGUGGUGGAGGUGGUGGCAACUUCGGAGGAGGCAGCAUGGGUGGCAGCGGAGGAUACGGAGGCGGUGAUUAUGACAAUUUUGGAGGAGGAGAUAACUAUGACGAUGGUUAUGAUAAUUUUGGAGGAAUGGGACAAAAUUUCUCUCAAGACAAUUCAGGUGGUAUGGGUCAGAUGUUUGGAAACGAAGGAAAUUUACCCUCAACCCAAGUCACCAUUCCAAAGGACCUUGCUGGAGCUAUAAUUGGAAAGGGUGGUGUACGUAUACAAGAAAUACGCCGUCAAUCUAAUGCCCAGAUAGUCAUUGAUGAGGGCCUGCCCGGGUCUAAUGACCGAAUCAUCACUAUCACAGGCACCCAUGAACAGAUCCAAAAUGCCCAAUUUCUUUUACAAAGCAGUGUUAAAAGAUACUCUGGGAAGUACUGAAAAUGCUGUGAAAAGGGUUU